AUGGCUACCGGCUUCUUACGUGUGAAGGGCGAUACUAUCGUUGAUGGGAAUGGAGAUGGGGUUGUGAUGCGAGGAGCUGCUCUCGGAGGAUGGAUGAACAUGGAGAAUUUCAUCACAGGUUUCGCAGGUCACGAAGCCCAGCACCGCGCUGCCAUGCGCCGAGUCCUGGGACAAGAGAAAUACGAAUUCUUCUUCGACAAAUGGCUCGAGUACUUUUUCACAGAAGCCGAUGCUAGAUUCUUCGCUGAGCUCGGAUUGAAUUGUCUGCGUUUGCCUUUUAACUACCGGCACUUCGAGGAUGAUAUGAAUCCCCGAGUGUUGAAGGAAUCGGGGUUCAAACACCUGGAUCGAGUGGUCAAUCUGUGCGCAGCACAUGGAAUCUAUACCAUCCUGGACAUGCAUGCCGUCCCCGGUGGCCAGAACCCUGACUGGCACUCCGAUAAUCCUACUGGAUAUGCCGCUUUCUGGGACUAUAAGGAUCACCAAGACCGGACAGUUUGGCUCUGGGAGCAGAUUGUCACCAGAUAUAGAGAUAAUCCUUGGGUUGCUGGGUACAAUCCGCUCAAUGAACCGUGUGAUCCCGAACAUGUGCGACUGCCUGCUUUCUACACUCGUAUUGAGAAGGCGAUUCGCAAGAUCGAUCCAGAUCAUAUUCUGUGGCUGGAUGGGAACACAUUUGCGAUGGAAUGGAAAGGGUUCGAUACAGUGUUACCUAACUGCGUGUAUGCCAUGCAUGAUUACUCGUCAAUGGGUUUCCCUACAGGAGAUCGGUACAAAGGCACUACCGAACAAAAAGAGCGUCUUGAACAGGUUUACCUGCGCAAAGCACAAUUCAUGAGCGCGAACAAAACCCCCGUCUGGAACGGGGAGUUUGGCCCCGUCUACGCGGACCCGGCAUUCGACCUCGAGUGCGAGAGUAUCAACCAGGAGCGGUACAAUCUCCUCGGCGACCAGCUGCGCAUUCAUGACAAGUAUAAUAUCAGCUGGUCAAUCUGGCUCUACAAAGACAUUGGUCUGCAGGGUAUGAUCUACACUAACCCCGAAAGCAGAUGGAACAAGACACUCAAGCCAUUCUUGGAUAAGAAGAGGGAGUUCUGGCUGGAUAAAUGGGGUCGUCGUCCUGCGACUGAGCCUGAGGCUGCUAUGAGGCCUUUGAUUGAUUGGAUUGACCGCAUUAGUCCAACUGCGAAGGAUACUUAUCCGACAUCGUGGAAUACGGAGUUGCAUGUCAUGCGCAAUGUGUUUUACACUUUCUUGGCGGCUUCCUUUGUGGAUGAGUUUGCUGAGCUGUUUCGUGGAAGCAGUGAGAAGGAUUUGGAAGAGUUGGCGAGGAGUUUCCAUUUUGAGGGUUGUGUGCAGCGAGAGGGAUUGAAUCGCAUUCUUAAGGAUCAUGCACAUGCGUCUCGUUGA